CACACACACCACAUGCUUCUCACAGUUCACAACGACCUUUCGUCUGGAGGACACAGACAUUUAGGACUGGAUGUUUGCUUGACAGGCACAUUUAUGACUGCUACUCUUUAAGUUUUUAUUUUUACUCUUUCUGAGCUGAGGUGGGAUAUUUGACGAUUUUUUGAGGAUGAGGUGUGUGUGGGCCGCACUCUGUGGGAUUGUACUGCUAACACAGGUUAUUAUAACCAAUUCACAAACCUCAGAUUCACCCACUGGGGACUGUUCUCAGUUUGACUCGUGCAAUGGCUGCAUCAGCGGAGACCCGGCCCUCAACCUGACACGAUGUGUGUGGCAAAGUUGUAAUGAUGGAAAUGACACAAGAUGCAUGUCUGACACUGAAGACUUUGGAGGCUGCUCUGUCUACAAUGAAACUGGCAUGUGCCAAGAUGGUGGGUCCGCUGAUGGUGGUGGCAAAGAAACAACCCCUGGGUCAGGCCCUGAUUUCUCUCAAGCAUCAUUUGACCUGUCCAGCUUCAUUGGAGGAAUCAUCCUAGUGUUGGUGUUGCAGGCUGGGGCUUUUUUUGCCAUGCGGUUCCUCAAAACGAAAGACAGCUCUUAUGAAACUAUUGAUCAACCUCAGUGAGAAAAUGAGUCAUGACUGGAAGAGAAAAUUAUGGAGCAGAACAUUAAGAAAAGCAGAUACCCAAAGAAUGGAUGUUGCAUUGGGGAGAAGUCUAUAGACACUGUUUUCUCUUUUUGCUUGUCCUAAAGCUUUAUUCACCUGUUAAUUGCUUUGGUUAACUCACCAUUUCUUGAAUGACAAAAACUAUUUUUGUGUGUACAGAAGAGAGAAUUGUGAACAGAGAAUGAUAUAGACAUGUGGUAUGACAAAUAUACUAGAGAAUUAUUCACAUUUGAGUGUGGGCAUGUGAUUAUCUCUUGUGGAGUGAGUUCAUAUCUGUUUAAAGGUGAUUUAAAUCUCUGGUUUGGUUUCUGUUUGUUACUUUGAUUUUAAAGGUUGUUGAACUAUUUUAUUUAAUUUUAUGAAUAAUUGCAUGCCCUUUUAUCUGCUUUUUAUUAAAUGCUAUGUUUUGUAGGUAGUUACUUGGACUCAUGUAGCAUUGAGAUUGAAUGAAAAAUGAAGCAAUAAAGUAAUAAGACUCUGAAUGUUACAGUGU